AUGGCCAUGGCAUUGCGUUCAUUGGCGCUGGCGUGGCUCUUGGACGCAGCCCUGGGGGGAAGCGGCUGCAACGAGCAGGUCAAGGAUUUGGGACCCUGGAUCGGCUCCGUCGAUGUGGAGAAGACCGAGGAGGGCUACAGGGUCUUGUUGGAGCUUCUGGGCGGCGACGUGGCCGCCUCCUCCACUGAGUCCGUGGAACUGUUGGUUGGGCGCGAGGUGGGGCAGACAAAGCACUUCGUCCUGCCAAAGGCAGGUGCCCGAAAGGGUGGGGUCCUGGAGCUCCGUGCCCUGGUGCUCUUAAGGGAGUUUUGCGAUGUUCUACAGUUUGAGCUGUUUGAGCAGGGCAACAAAGGAACUGACGAGGAGCUACUGGGUGGAGUGGGAGACAGCUUCUUCAUGCAGGCCACGCUGGCGGAGUACAACGGGAACAAUCAUGGCCCCGAAAGCCUGUCCUGCCGGGCAGGGGUGCUGAGACACAGCACGUGCCGCCGCACAGAGAAGGACGUAGCUUCACCUCCCUCAUCGCUGGGAACCCCAGGUACUACCGGGCCACGCCCGGAUCACCAACCCGGUCAGGGCGGGCACAUGAUGAGAGGUGCUGGUGCAGGUAUGCACGAAGGUGGGCAGCACAUGCGCAGCGCUACCCACAACAUGCCGCACCAAGGCGUGCCGCACCAAGGCAUGCCGCACCAAGAGGGCAUGAGACACCAAGAGGCCAGUCAGCAGGCCAUGGUGCAGCAGCCACCGGAGGCCCUGGACGAGUGCCAUCCAAGCUCCAACCCUUGCAAAGGGGGCAGUGCUUGCCAGGUGUCCAGACAGGGCAACUACCUCUGCGUCAAGGCCGAGCCUCAGACCAGCCUCCGCAGUUUCGCGGAUCCCUCCACUGGCCACGGCUUUAGGAUGCUGGUGGCCGGGGCACUCUUCGUCUGCCUGUCCUGCCUCUGCGGAGCUCUCUUCCUGCAUCGCUUUGUCGCACCUCGUGGCGCGCGGAACAUGGAGUCCAUGCCCAAGGCAAGGCACGCAACACGUCACUGUAGGGCUCCCCUAGUCGACUGCAAGCAUAAGCAGGUGAAGUGUGGCUCCUCCGACUAA